AUGCCUCCACGAUUCCUAUUCCAGCCUUCCUUCAAGGCUUUUACUGGGUCUUCGCAUGUUCAGAGCCCGCUUGCUGCGUUGUCGUUGAAUCCUUCCAGGACAUCUAUUAGGGCGGGAUCCGCGGAGACUAGGGAACGCCGACGACAUGAUCCGUUUUUGAUGGCACAGUCACGUCAGCGCAAAGCCGCCAAUCUGUCUCGUCAACAAGCUCUUGCCGAGGAACGCGAAAACUCUCUGGGCGAUCCUGUGGAAAGUGCACCGACCCCAUUCAUCCAAGAGCUCAAAACGGUCAAGUCUGGGCCACAAGUCCCUUCAAGCACAGAUGCCAGGCUCAACUACUUCGUCACUCCCGAGGGACUCCAGGAUGCCUUGGAAUAUUCGAAAACCUUGACAUCUCCCCUCGAAAACCCAGACAGGGACACUGCAGACCCUCAGCUUGAGAAGGAGGCAUCCGAGAGGCAUCUUCAGGAACACCGCAACGCUCAGGAGGCAAUCAGCCGUAUUGUGAAGAUCGGUAAUGGAAACACGCAAGAUCAGAUGCGCCUACAUAUCCAGAACUGCAUUGAAACGUUUGGACGGCACAAUACCGACAAGAACUUGCCACCGAAGCCUGCAGCCGUAUCGCAUCAGUCUGCUACUGAACACCCCGAGAAAACUCCUCGAGUUGGCCAGGAUACCGGUUCUCCGGAAGUCCAGGUUGCUAUCCUUACUGCCAAGAUUCUGAACUUGUCCAGACACUUGCAGACAACCAACAAAGAUAAGCAUAACAAGAGAAACUUGAGACUCCUCGUGCAUAAGCGACAGAAGUUGCUUCGGUACCUGCGUAGGAAGGAGCGGGGUGGUCCAAGAUGGCAGCACUUGAUCGAAACACUGGGCCUGUCAGAUGCUGCUUGGAAGGGUGAGAUUAGCAUGUAA